AUGAGUGGUAAGCAGGAGAUGUCGCUCCACACGUACCUGCUCCCUUUCCUCCUGUACGGACUCCUCCUGUGCGGCUCCUCCGCUCGCGUGCCGUUCAUCAGCUGGAGGAGCGUGAAGACCAACGGCAGCGUGGAGAGCGGCCGGCCGCACCGGGACGCGCCGGGCCGCGCCGGGAGCUCCGCCUGGGACAAGAGGGACGACGUGGCCGGGGACGGAGACUACCUGAUGGGGAUUAAGAGACUCAGGAGGCUCUACUGUAACGUGGGCAUCGGCUUCCACAUCCAGGUCCUGCCGGACGGGAAGAUCACCGGCGUGCACAGCGAGGACCGAUACAGUCUUCUAGAAAUCUCCCCCGUGGAGCGAGGAGUGGUGAGCCUUUUCGGUGUGAGGAGCGGUCUCUUUAUUGCUAUGAGCAACAAGGGGAAACUCUAUGGCUCGGGCCAUUUCAGUGAAGAGUGCAAGUUUAAGGAGAGUCUCCUGGCCAACAACUACAACGCUUACGAGUCGGCUGCCCACCCCGGCAUGUACAUUGGCCUCAGCAAGACAGGAAAAACCAAGAGAGGAAACCGUGUUACACCUGCCAUGAGCGUUACACACUUCCUGCCCAGAACAUAG